AUGAUAAAAUAUAACCUUUCAAAACAAGGAAUUGGUACACUUAACGUAACUCGUGUGAAGAAAUCAUAUACAUUUGGAUAUCCAUGUAAUGAUUCAUUUUACGAAUGUACUCCAUACACAGUUACCUUAAAUCCAGGAGAUUACCAAAUCGAGGCAUGGGGUUCUGUUGGACACUUUCACGUUCAAUCAGAUCCUGCAAUUCCGGGUCUUGGUGGGUACACAUCAGGUGUUCUGAAAGUAAAUAACACAAUGAAUGUAUAUCUUUUUGUAGGAUCCACUGCUUUUUUUAAUCUCCUGAAACAAGAAGAUGAUCGAACAUUUUGGUUUGGAGGUGCAUCAUCCGAUAUCCGUUUGUAUGUCAAUGAAUCUUUUGAAUGGUCAGAUCCUUCAUCUCUCCGCUCACGUAUUAUGGUCUCUGGAGGCGGUGGAGGUGCCGAAUGGACUGGAUCAAUUGGCGGAAAUGCCGGUGGUCUUAUCGGUGGAUUUGGUCGUUCAGACUGUCAUACAUAUGGUUUUGAUUGUACAUCUGUGAACGCUGGAGGUGGUGCUCAAACCUUUGGUGGUUCUACGGCCAAAUCUGUGAUCUGGAUUUCUGGUAUUUCUGGUUUGUUUGGUAAAUCUCCUAUAAAUUAUGCGUAUAAGGAUAUGGGAGGUAUAGGAGGAAAUCUCUUAAUUUCACGGGUGCUGGUGGUGGUGGUAGUUCAUUCAUCUCAGGAUAUGAAGGAUGUGUUGCAUUGA